AUGCCCAGAGUCAAGCAAAUCUGCUGCAUCGGUGCUGGAUACGUCGGCGGUCCAACCUGCGCAGUGAUCGCACUGAAAUGCCCUCACAUCCGGGUCACCAUCGUUGACUUGAAUCAAGCCCGCAUCGAUGCCUGGAACUCGCCAGACUUCAACCUUCCCAUAUAUGAGCCUGGUCUGGAGGAUGUCGUUCGCAAGGCUCGCGGACGCAACCUUUUCUUCAGCACCGAUGUCGAUAAGGGCAUCCAGGAUGCAGACCUCAUCUUCGUAUCUGUUAACACUCCGACCAAAAAGAGCGGUGUCGGUGCUGGUUUCGCCGCAGACUUGAACUACGUCGAGCUCGCUACUCGGCGCAUCGCAGCCACGGCCACGUCAUCAAAGAUCGUCGUCGAGAAAUCUACCGUACCUUGCAGGACCGCAGAGUCCAUGCGCACCAUCCUCGAUGCCAACAGCAAGCCCAACGCACGCUUCGACAUCCUCUCCAACCCCGAGUUCCUCGCUGAGGGAACCGCCAUCGGCGAUCUUUUUGCUCCUGAUCGCGUGCUUAUCGGUUCUUUGCAGACCCAGGAGGGUAAGGAGGCGUGCCAGGCGCUAUGUGAGGUUUAUCAGAAUUGGGUGCCCAAAGAAAGGAUUUUGACUGUCGGCUUGUGGUCUUCCGAGCUCUCGAAGCUGGCUGCGAACGCCAUGCUUGCGCAGCGCAUCAGCUCCAUCAACGCACUUUCCGCCAUCUGCGAAGCCACAGGUGCCAACAUCGCCGAAGUCGCUCACUCCAUCGGACAGGACUCGCGCAUUGGCCCGAAAUUCCUCCGUGCAUCCGUUGGUUUCGGAGGUAGUUGCUUCCAGAAGGACAUUCUCAAUCUUGUCUACCUAUCAGAGAGUCUUAAUUUAAAGGAAGUAGCUGAGUACUGGAAGCAGGUGGUAACGAUGAACGAAUACCAGAAGAGGAGGUUCAGUAAGCGGGUCGUGGAUACUCUGUUCAACACUAUCACUGGCAAGCGCAUUGCUGUUCUUGGCUUUGCCUUCAAGGCUGACACAGGCGACACCCGGGAGUCAGCUGCCAUCACGCUUAUCCGCGACUUCCAGCAGGAAAGGGCCCUUGUCAACAUCUACGACCCCCAAGUAGAGGCGAACCAGAUAUGGGCAGAUCUCAACGAGGCUAGCCCUGACGUGCCACUUGCGACGAUCCAACGCCAAGUGUUCAUCUGCUCUUCUGCAUUGGAAGCCUGCAAGAAUGCGGAAGCUGUCAUCAUCGCCACCGAGUGGGCCGAAUUCAAGACGAUCGACUGGCAAGCUGUGUACGCGGGCAUGAACAAGCCUGCGUUUGUCUUUGAUGGGCGGUUGCUCGUGGAUGCAGAAAAGCUCAGGUCAAUCGGCUUCCAGGUGACUGUCAUCGGCCGUGGCGAACGCCUUUAG